AUGGGACAAAGAGGACACACGCGGCGGCUCUGCUGCGUGCUCGCUGUGCUCGCUGUGCUCGUGUGGGGUGUCGCCUCGGCGCAGUUGAGAUAUUCCGUCCCGGAAGAGGUCGGGAAAGGAACGGUCGUCGGGAAUGUUGCAAAAGAUUUGGGAAUAGACAGGAGCACGUUGAAGGAACGCAAAUAUCGGAUUGUUUCGAGCGAGCGGGAGCCUCCGUUCAGCCUGGGAGAGAAUGACGGCAUCCUGUACGUGAGCAGGAGCAUUGACCGGGAGGAGGUAUGCGAGAGAACCACUGCUUGUGUAAUUAAUGUCAAAACGGUGCUGGAAAACCCGCUGGAGGUGCACUACGUCAGCGUGGAGGUGCUGGACGUGAAUGACCAUUCUCCCACUUUCCCCGUGGAAAUCAAGACUUUGGACAUUCCCGAGUCUGCGCCACCUGGAACGCGGAUUCCACUGAAGGCCGCGAGAGAUCCCGACACCGGGUCGCUGUCCGUUCACAACUACAAACUCAGCGCCAAUGACCAUUUCCGUCUGGAAAUUAAAGAUAAAGGAGACGAUGAAAAAAUUCCAAUCUUGAUUGUACAAAAGUCUUUGGACAGGGAGGCGGCCCCAAGUCAUUCGUUAGUGUUGACUGCGCUGGAUGGAGGAAAGCCUCCCAAAACGGGCGACAUUAAUAUUGUCAUAAAUUUGUUGGAUGUCAACGAUAACGCGCCCGUUUUUUCUUCAGAUGGAUAUUCUGUGGCAAUUGAUGAAAAUGCGCCUGUGGGCACAACCGUUGUUCAAGUAAAUGCAACCGACUCAGACGAAGGCACAAAUGGAGAAGUUGUUUAUUCUUUUAGUAAUAGUGUAAAUCAUCGAUUGUUAACUCUUUUUGAAAUUAAUCAUUUAACAGGAGCAAUAACUCUAAAAGAAAUUAUUGACUUUGAGGAAAAAGAAAAAUAUGAACUUGAAGUUCAAGCGUCAGAUAAAGGUUCUGUUCCACUAACAACAGAAAAAAGUGUCAUCAUCAAGGUUGUUGAUGUGAACGACAAUGCACCUGAGAUCGAAGUCACGUCAUUCUCCAGCUCCAUUCCGGAAGAUUCCAGACUAGGAACCACAGUUGCUCUCAUCAGUGUCAACGACUUGGAUUCUGGCCCGAACGGGAAAGUCAUUUGCUCCAUAAGCCAGGAUCUUCCUUUUGCCUUGUCACCGUCAUUACAAGACAAAAUGUAUGCUUUAGUGACCAAAUCCCCCCUGGACCGGGAGAAAAGGUCCACGUACGACAUAUCGGUGGUUGCCAGAGACGCCGGACGACCCGCACUCUCGUCCGAGAAGACGAUAAGCGUUUACGUUUCAGAUGUCAACGACAACAGGCCCGAGUUUGCCUUCAGUCCUUACACUUUCUACGUCGCCGAGGGCAACAAAGCGGGCGCCUCCGUCUUUUCCGUCCAAGCUUCUGACCGCGACGAUGGCGAGAACGCUGCCAUCACAUACCGGAUUCUCAGAGAAGGGAGAGAAGAAAAUAAGCCGUCUUCGUUUCUGAGUAUAAAUAGCCAAAGCGGAGAAGUGACAGCGCUGAAAAGUUUUGACUUUGAGGCGCUGAAAAGCUUCCAGUUCCAGGUGUCGGCCACGGACGGCGGAAGUCCUCCGCUGAGCGGCAACGUGACGGUCAAGGUGUUCAUUCUGGAUCAGAACGACAACGCUCCGGUCAUCGUGUAUCCGCUCAGCUCCAACGGUUCCGCCCAAGGCGCGGAGGAGAUUCCCCGCAAUAGCAAAGCGGGAGACUUGGUGACCCGAGUCCGAGCCUACGACGCCGAUACGGGAUAUAACGGCUGGUUACUGUUUUCGCUGCAUCCGCCUGGCGAGCGCGCUCUCUUUUCUUUGGACCGCUACACGGGCCAGAUCAGAACUCUUCGCUCCUUCACGGAGACGGACGGGGCCGAGCAUCGACUGCUGGUACUGGUCAAAGACAACGGCGACGUUUCGCUGUCGGCGACGGCUACCGUCACCGUCAAACUGGCGGAGCCCAAAGAGGCUUUCGCCGCUUCCGACCACGUCCAAAGUGCGGCCGAAGCGGACCGCAGCGAGGACCGGCUGACUUUUUAUCUGGCGCUGACUUUGGGCUCGGUCUCGCUGCUUUUGGUCAUCAGCGUGGUGGUGCUGAUCGCCAUGCGCUGCUCCAAAUCCACAGAGUACACUUCCAAAUAUCUCCAAGACCCCCAUUAUGACGGCACGCUGUGUCACAGCAUCCAGUACCGAUCCGGGGACAAACGCUACAUGCUCGUCGGACCCAGGAUGAGUAUCGGUUCCACCAUCGUGCCGGGCAGCCGCGCUAACACGCUGUUGAUGUCCGACGCCGCAGGGGAGGUAAGAUGA